AUGCCGCAGAACCCGAUUUUGGAAGUCGAAGUCUUCGACGUUUGGGGGAUCGAUUUCAUGGGACCAUUCGACCCAUCAUCUCAUGGGAACCGCUACAUUCUAGUCGCGGUCGAUUACGUGUCCAAGUGGGUUGAAGCGAUUGCGUGCCCCGCCAACGAUCACAAACCAGUGCUCAAAUUGUUCAAAUCCGUUAUCUUUCCUAGAUACGGAAUCCCGAGAGUUGUGAUUAGCGAUGGGGGGAGCCACUUCAUCAACAAGAUCUUUGCAAGUCUUCUGAAGAAGUAUGGAGUGAAGCAUAAGGUUGCAACGCCAUAUCACCCCCAGACAUCGGGACAGGUCGAAGUGUCUAACAAACCGAUCAAGGCGAUCUUACACAAGGUUGUCAGCAGCUCGACCAGAGACUGGGCGAUCAAGCUCGACGACUCACUCUGGGCAGCCCUCUGGGCGACAAAGAUGCUGAAUUUUGAUAUCAAGACCGCCCAGGAGAAGAGAGAGCUCGAUCUACAUGAGCUCGAGGAGAUCAGAUUGGAUGCCUACGAAAGCUCUAAGAUCUACAAGGAGAGGACCAAGGCAUUUCACGACAAAAAUAUCAUCCGAAAGGACUUGAAGGAAGGCGAUCGAGUGCUGUUGUUUAACUCUCGCCUGAAGCUGUUUCCUGGGAAACUGAAGUCGAGGUGGUCUGGACCCUUUACUGUCAAAGAGGUAUCCCCUUUUGGAGCGGUCACUCUGUUCAACAAGGAAGAGGCCCCAUUCACAGUUAACGGGCAAAGGGUUAAGCUCUAUCUUCGAGACUACGCAAUCCCAGAGGGGACAUCGAUUCCUCUCGCUGAGCCCCCAAGCCUAAUGAAUGAGGGAAGUCACAGAACAGGGAUCGAACAGGGAAGCUGGAAGGAACACAAGACGAGCUCGAUCGAGUCACUCGACGACGAGGUCGAGCCCUGCCAAGGAACCGACGAAACAGCGACGAGUCCUCAUGAAGGAGAGCAGAGAUAA